AGAGCCGAGUGCCCCUCUGACUGUUACGCGCGACAGACGCAUCAAUCGUGUCUUGGCUUGCGGUUUGAGAUUGUUUACAUCCAAUCAAAUAAGUAAGAAAGGAAAAGUAGCCUGCUGCUGAAAUGGAAUCAACCGAUCAGCCUGCAUCUGUGGGGAUAUUUCAAGUGCUGAAAUUACCUCUGGGAUUUAUCCGUGUUUUGGAGUGGCUCUUUGCCAUUUUUGCUUUUGCAACAUGUGGCGGCUACUCUGGUCAGCUGCGGGUUAGUGUGGACUGCAUGGAGAAGGCCAGGAGCAACCUCAGCAUUGGCAUCGACUUUGCUUAUCCGUUCAGGUUGCACCAGGUGUCCUUUGAGGCGCCAGCGUGUGAAGGUAUUAGGAACGAACGCGUGUUCCUCAUCGGAGACUAUUCAUCCUCUGCGGAGUUCUUCGUCACCAUCGCGGUCUUUGCCUUCCUGUAUUCCCUCAUGGCCACCAUUGUCUACAUCUUCUUUCAGAACAAGUACCGUGAAAACAACCGAGGACCACUCAUUGACUUUGUGGUGACGGUGGUGUUCUCCUUCUUGUGGCUGGUCAGUUCCUCCGCUUGGGCCAAGGCUCUGUCUGAUGUGAAAAUGGCCACCGAUCCAGACGAGGUGCAGCUGCUCAUCUCUGCCUGCAAAGUCCAGAACAACAAGUGUGGAUCUCUGUAUGGACCACGCUGGUCCGGACUCAAUACCUCAGUGGCUUUUGGGUUCCUCAACUUUGUUCUAUGGGCCGGGAACAUCUGGUUUGUCUUUAAGGAGACCGGCUGGCACAAGGGUGCCUCGAGGUUAGCAGGCGGGACGUCUGAGAAACAGUCCGGCACCUUUAACCAGCCGCCCUACAACCAGGGAAGCUUCGACCAGUCAGGGAGCUACAACGCCCAGGGAAACCUCGGCCAGCCGUCCGAGUACAGCCAGGUGGGAGGGCCCACCUCCUACUCCAAUCAGAUGUAGCCGUGCCUUUUCGAUUCGUGAGUGGCAUUUUAAACCAGGGCAAUCAGGAGGUGAUCGGAGAGGAGGAAAGCUUGUCAAAAAACAAGAAAGAUGGUCAUAAAAAAAGGCAUCAAAGGUGUUAAAGUACACCGAUUGUAGAUACAAGUAUCGUUGGGUAUUGUACAAAAUUGUUAGAUCUAGUCUUUUACUCCUUCUCUGUCUGAGGUGUUGUUUGCUGAAUGUUGUAUUUCUUGUAGUUUGAAAAGUGAUGGUCUCUCUCUCUCUCUCUCUCUCCGUGUUUGGUAAUUGACAUUCACUGUUACGACCGGAUUUGCACUGUUGUGGAAGGAAAAAAGUGCUCAAUGUUCGUAUAGUUCCUCAAGUUUGGAAAAGGGUGUCGACUCAGUGCAUGAUGUCGUACGUGUGCUAAUAUGUUCUCUGUGAAACUAGUAAAAAAAAAAACAUUUUGUCUCUGAAAGUUUACAAAAAUCAUACUGCCCUGACUCGUCACUGAAAGUUUAUUUACAUGUAUAUUAUUUUUUCUAACCUAACUGGAAAUAUAUUUUGAUAACGGGUAUUUCUAAUUCAGAUUCAUAAUAUAAUUUGCGUUAUAUUUGUUAGAACAAAUACAUUCCAACUCAUGUCUGACAUUGAUUAUAUCAGAGAGCAAUAAACUGCAAAAUACACUAUACAGGGGUUUGUGCAAAACAAAGUACAGUAUGCAACCAUUGCAGCAUGUUGUUUCUGUUCCCAUGGUUUUCACUUCUUUACGGAGCUUCUGCACAGACAAUAUCACACUCAUUUCAUGUGAAUAAUGUGAAGAGGGAGAUCGUCUCCCUCGUUGUUUACAAGUGGCCGCUCCUGCUACAAAUUACUGUGACUGUUUUCUAUGCCGUCCUCAGAUUACUUAUAACAUAUAAGUUAUACCUCUCUAAAGCAUGUCCAGAGUAUCCAUUUACACUGCUAAAGCCCAGCAAAAAAGCACUUCAGAACCACAGUGAUGAUAGAUUAAUGGUUGGCUCAUCUGUACAUAACUAAUAUUGAGCUUUUGUUGACUUUAACCCUUUAGUGUCCUCACUAAGAAAAAAAGCAACGGAAACAUUUUCUCUUUACAUUUUUUAUGUCCUUAAAUUCACUGCUUUUACCAGUAAAGGACAAUUCAACCGUUUGGUAGAGCAUGUUUUUAAACAAUUAUUUCAACAUUAUUAUAAUGGAAUAACAUUAAAUGUACCAUUUUAACAACAAUGAAUGAUCAAAAGUUGUUUUUUUUAUUUAGUAGAAAAUAGUAAAUUUGAAUUACAUCAUUAGCUUUACUACCUUUACCAUAAAAGGACAACUGAACUGUUUGGUAGAGCAUGUUUUUAAACUAUGAUAUGUCAAAAGAAUAUGCCUAAAUCAGUCCAAACAGAGUCCUCAUGUCUGGGGUAAUUUUUUUUGUUGCUAACUUUAUAUAAGAAGGCAAAUUAAAAAGUCAAUGCAAUUUGAAGACACGGCGACAUCUAGUGGAUUUGUUUUAGCAUAACACACCUAAACGGAGUGGUAGAGAUGGCUCAAUCUGGUUGAGUUCAACACAUUUUCAAUAGAUAUACAGUAGUGACUCAAAAUAUGCUCUACCAACGGUCUACUAACGGUAGAGGACAACAUUAAAGGGUUAAAAUCAUAAUUCAGUUUUGCACACAUUUUGAAUAUCAGUGCAGUCCGUGUAUAGUAAUAUUCCAGGGAUAAUGCCCGGUUGCUGUUUGUUUACAUUAAUAUGACUUGUGCAACCCUGUUUCUUGACCUCCUACGCAUGUGGCUUGCAUCAGUGUAAUAAAGCAGAUUGAACAUCCAUGUUUGUAUAAUAGUCUGACAUCCAUGAUAUAAAUGUGUACGGGCACUUAAAAAUCAGUCCAUGAGUGUGGAUGUUUUACAGGCAUUCAUGCUAAUAAAGAAAGAUGCACAAAUCUGCCCGUAAAUAACCUGCUCUGCAUGUGU